AUGUCCAGUGGCGAUAAUGGAAGUCGAGAAUCGCGAAGCACAAGGAAUAUCGUCGCAGUCUUCGAAGAAAAUCGGGAUCAAGCCACGCGAAUAUCAGAAAAGAAGGUUGCAUCUGCCGAGAAUCGGCCUGCGAAGAAGGCCAACUUUAUCAGGAAGUACGCCCCGGACUACUUGGCCUUUGGGAAAAAACGUUGCUAUUGGGCGUUCUGCGGCGGUACUACAAACACUUCCCUGCUUCACAAGAAGCUUGUUUCGAGGCCGCAAUUGAUUUGUGCAGUGAUUUUGAGAGUCGCGUACGCCAGCAAGCGCUUUUCGAUCUUCCUCAUCUCUCCGCUGAUGAGAGGGAUAACGUCAGUUUUGAAAAGGUCCCCGGCGAUGACCAUUGAAGGUGUCUUCGAUGACAUGAAGACUUCGUCGAUCAACGACGCGUCAAAUGCGUUUGUCCUAUUCCUCUGCAAGAAGCUGCAAGGCCUAUCACUCGAAGUAGACGUACAGGAAAUCAUCCUUCGAAAGAGCGCUGAAGUCUGCACCCGAAUCAAUGAUGGUGCCUUCAUUGGCUUGAUCCAGUUCGUUUCGGGUUUCAAGUUUGCACAGACGCCAGCCUGCAAGCAAAGUGUUCUCAAGAUGAUAGCGGAAAAGCUCGAUAUCCCAGGGAAUCCGCCGUUCACAACAGGAUACUCCUGCCGGCUCUCAACGAUUAUGCCCCUCGCUAAGCCGUUUUUCUCCCCGUCGACUCCUUCUCAACAAUACGUCGCCUAUGUGAUAGAGAGCUUCCUGCCCGAACUAAACGUAGAGCGACCGAAGGACCUCGAAAUUCUCACGCUCCUCAGGGAUAUGUCGGAGCAAUAUGGGGAGCCAAAGGAAGAGAUCGCGAAGCGCCAGACGGAGAGCGCGCUGCAAAGGCUCCUCGCGUGCAUCGAAAAUUUGAUUCCCGCUGUCCCUUCGGAAUGGAAUCAGAAAGGAGGAGCGGACCUGACGCGCUGUCCCUUAGCUCAUCUCCGAGAGCUGUUUGAGACGUUCACAACAAUAGCGCAGAAAGCAAGGCCAACGUUCGUGGACAACGAGGAGUUUUUACAAAGCAAACUCCAGAAGCUCCGUUAUCUCAAACAAGGCCUUGAGAGCGAGAGCCGGGAACUCGAACGCCUAGUUUGCCACGGUAAAAAUGUCAACCAAGAGAAAAGAACGAAAAAGAGACUCCUCUCACAGCUUGUAAACUUGGUCGACUUAUGGUUCCGUAAUCCUCCGAGCUUCGAGCCAAGCCGAGGAUCUCAGAUCGUCGUUGACGAGGCUCCGGUAUCGGAUCACGAUUACUUCGUAAGGAGGAGUUUUCUUAUAUCGUACAUUCCAAAUUAUUUCAUCGACGCUCUUUGA